UGCUCUUUCCCGUGUUCCUGUUCUUGUCCGGUCCUGCCAUGGCCCUGCGGCGGGUGCUGGCGCUGGGGACAGCCCUGGGGCGCCGCAGCUGCUGCUCCAAGCCCUCGCUGCCGCCCGACUUUGUGGAGGCCCUGAGCGCCGUGGUCGGGACCCCCAACGUCUCCACGGCCACGGCGGUGCGGGAGCAGCACGGCCACGAUGAGUCCAUGCACCCCUGUGCCCCCCCGGACGCCGUGGUGUGGCCCCAGUCGGUGGGGCAGGUCCAGGAGUUGGCCGCGCUCUGCUACCGCCGCCGUGUGCCCAUGGUGCCCUUUGGCACCGGCACCGGCCUCGAGGGCGGUGUCAAUGCCGUGCAGGGCGGCGUCUGCUUCGACCUGAGCCGCAUGGACACCAUCACGGAGCUGAGCCUCGAGGACUUCUCGGUGACAGUGGAGCCCGGUGUCACCCGCAAGGCCCUCAACAGCCACCUGCGUGGCACCGGGCUCUGGUUCCCUGUCGACCCCGGGGCAGAUGCCUCUCUGUGUGGCAUGGCAGCCACGGGCGCCUCGGGCACCAACGCCGUGCGCUACGGCACCAUGCGCCCCAACGUGCUCAACCUGCGCGUGGUGCUGCCGGACGGGCGCCUGCUCCACACCGCCGGCCCCGGGCGCCAGGCCAGGAAGCGGGCGGCCGGCUACGACCUGACCUCGCUCUUCGUGGGCUCCGAGGGCACCCUGGGCUUCCUGACUCAGGCCACGCUGCGCCUGCACCCGCUGCCCGAGGCCACUGCUGCCACCAUCGCCUCCUUCCCUGGCGUGGGGGCGGCCGUGGCCUGCACGGUGCAGGUGCUGCAGGCGGCCGUGCCUGUGGCCCGCAUCGAGUUCCUGGAUGAGGUGAUGGCAGAUGCCUGUGGCCGCUACAGCGGGAUGGGGCUGCCGGUGGCAGCCACGCUCCUCCUGGAGCUCCACGGCUCCCGUAACAGCCUGGCUGAGCAGCAGCGGCAGACGGGGCUACUCCACGGAUGUCUGUGUGCCCAUCUCCCGCCUGCCCGAUGUGGUGGUGGAGACCAAGCAGGACCUGCAGGACUCUGGCCUCACCGGACCCAUGGUGGGACACGUAGGCGAUGGCAACUUCCACUGCAUCCUCAUCUUCAACACCCAGGACCCAGAGGAGGCCCAGCGCAUCCACGCCUUCACCCAGCGCCUGGGCAGGCGGGCGCUGGCAGCGGGGGGCACCUGCACUGGGGAGCACGGUGUGGGGCUGGGCAAGCGGGCACUGCUGCUGGAGGAGCUGGGCCAGGAGGGGCUGGACACCCUGCGCUCCAUCAAGGCUGCACUGGACCCCCACAACCUCAUGAACCCCGGCAAGGUGCUCUGAGGGGAGGCACUGGCACUGAGCUGGCAGUGGGGGGCUGCCAUCCCUGGAGACAGGGCUGGGGUGGCCACACUGCCCUGCACUGCCACCCUUUGUGUCCUCACAAAUCCCCCCAUCCCCACCUCGGGGGGUCAGGGAUCCCCAAACCCCAAAUAAACCCCUUUGCACCUGUAGCCUCCGUGUACUGUGAUGUCUUUUGGGGGACAGGAUGCCCCAGCCCCUCCCUACGGGGUCCCUGUCCCAGGCAGCACACACAGACACUCACAGGGCACUAUGGGGGUCCCACUUUAGUCUCUUCCCCUAAGUCACGGUGCUGCUGGUGCUGGGUAGGAAUGUCCACCAUGGCCCCCAUGGCAUCCCAUCUCUGGGACCUGCUGAGCACCACUGGGGCCAUCCCCACAUGGCAGACAUGGGGAAGGGGCAUCAGCACGGGUGGGGGUGUCCAGCACCCCAUCGGCAUCAUCUGCUUCACCAAGAAAGCCAGUGAAAUAAAAUAACAGUGAAUAUUUUAU